AUGACACGACUCGACGACGGGCUCGCGCCGCCGGAUAUCAGGCGCAGCGCCGACUUGACCGACAAUGAGCAGCAGCCUCUAAUAAAAACAGACUCCCACAGCAACAAUGACGACGCUCUAGCUCAAGCUCCUCACGGCAGCAAGUCUGCGUUUCGCCCCUCGAGCGCCGUCACGGCCUGCUUCGCACUCAACAUCCUCCUCGAGGUUGGCCUGUACCUCAUCGCCAUCCCGAUGAACCAGGUCCUCGAGGGCAUCAUCUGCCACAAUGUCUCACCCGCCGCACCGGGGGCCAGUGACGCCCGCUGCAAGGACACGGCGGUCCAGUCGGAGCUGUCCUUUAUCCGCGGGUGGCAGGUCACUUUCGACACGAUCCCCGGCCUCGUCACCGCCGUGCCGUACGGCAUCAUGGCAGACGCGUACGGGAGAGAGCUUGUCCUCGGCCUGUCCGUGCUGGGCGGCGCCAUGGCCGGCAGCUUCACCGUUCUUGUUUGCUCGCUGCCGUCCGUCUUUUCUCCGCGUCUGGUCUGGCUGGGAUCUGCGUUUGCCUUGGUUGGCGGCGGCGCGCCCGUCUUUAACGCCGUCACCUUUGCGAUUGUCAGCGGCGUUGUGAGCGAGAGGAAAAGAUCGCUUGUUUUCAUGUACAUUGCCGCCGCGGUCCUCGGGAGCCAACUGGUCGCCAGUCCUUUGGUGUAUGUCCUCAUCAACGUCGAUACUUGGCUUCCCGUGUACUGCGGCCUGGGGUGUCUCUGGCUAGCGACUGCCGUGGCCUUUUUCAUCCCCCGGAUGAUGCUUGCUAAGAGUCCGGUUCUAGAGCACGCCAAGACCGAAGAGGCCCAGGAGACCGCGGUGUGGUUUGCGCGAGAUAAUAUCCUCGUUGUCGUGUUGCUUCUCACCUUUCUCGUCACGAGCCUUGGCCGCCUGGCGCAAGAGAUUAUUCUUCAGUAUAUUACGAAACGAUACGGGUGGUCGUGGUCCGAGGCUGGCCUCGUGCUCUGUCUCCAUGCAUUCUUUACUCUCACGCUCCUCACGGUCAUUCUCCCCGUGGCUAGCCAAACGCUCGCCCGCAAAACAACACUGGCUACCCAAAGCAGAACCCUUUGGCUGGCACGCAUCAGCGUAUCCAUGUCCACCUUGGGCGCAUUCACCAUGGGCCUGUCAGAAACAGUCGGCUUGAUGGCUGUUGGCCUUGCGCUGUUUGCCUUGGGGAAUGGCUACCCCCCUCUUCUCCGGAGCUUACUCGCGUCAAUUGUUGACAAGCGUCACGUCAAUACCAUGUAUACUAUAAUGAGUGUCUUUGAGAGCAUGGGGUCGAUUUUCGCAGGACCUCUCCUCGCGGCAUCGUUUCGACUAGGCAUGAACAUGGACGGUGUAUGGAUCGGACUGCCUUUUCUAAUGACAGGGUGCUUGUUUGGGUCCGCUGCUGUUGCUGUUGUUGCUAUCAAUGUAUCGAGCGUAGAGCGCGAGGCAUCUAAAGCGUCUGAAGCGUCGGAUGGAAUCAAAGUACAUGACUGUCAAUGA